AUGCUGAAAGCAUAUUAUGUGCGUGAUUCUCCCAACAGCUCCUCAGGUAAGCCGGUCCAGGCCGCCGUCUCCAGUGUGGCUGCGGUGGUGCUGAAGCCUGGCUGGGACCUAGAAGAGGAUAAGGAGGAUGUGUUGGAGUUACGCCAUACUCACUGUCGUUCCCCUCCUCCGUCACACUGUCGUUCCCCUCCUCCGUCACACUGUCGUUCCCCUCCUCUGUCGCUGUCGUUCCCCUCCUCCGUCACUCUGUCGUUCCCCUCCUCCGUCACUCUGUCGUUCCUCUCUUCAGUCACUGUCGUUCCCCUCCUCCGUCACACUGUCGUUCCCCUCCUCCGUCACACUGUCGUUCCCCUUUCCGUCACUCUGUCGUUCCCCUCCUCCGUCACUCUGUCGUUCCCCUCCUCCGUCACUCUGUCGUUCCUCUCUUCAGUCACUCUGUCGUUCCCCUCCUCCGUCACACUGUCGUUCCCCUCCUACGUUGCUGUCGUUCCCCUCCUACGUUGCUGUCGUUCCCCUCCUCCGUCACUCUGUCGUUCCCCUCCUCCGUCACUCUGUCGUUCCCCUCCUCCGUCACUCUGUCGUUCCUCUCUUCAGUCACUCUGUCGUUCCCCUCCUACGUUGCUGUUGUUCCCCUCCUACGUCGCUGUCGUUCCCCUCCUCCGUCACUCUGUCGUUCCCCUCCUCCGUCACUCUGUCGUUCCCCUCCUCCGUCACUCUGUCGUUCCUCUCUUCAGUCACUGUCGUUCCCCUCCUCCGUCACACUGUCGUUCCCCUCCUCCGUCACACUGUCGUUCCCCUCCUCUGUCGCUGUCGUUCCCCUCCUCCGUCACUCUGUCGUUCCCCUCCUCCGUCACUCUGUCGUUCCUCUCUUCAGUCACUGUCGUUCCCCUCCUCCGUCACACUGUCGUUCCCCUCCUCCGUCACACUGUCGUUCCCCUUUCCGUCACUCUGUCGUUCCCCUCCUCCGUCACUCUGUCGUUCCCCUCCUCCGUCACUCUGUCGUUCCUCUCUUCAGUCACUCUGUCGUUCCCCUCCUCCGUCACACUGUCGUUCCCCUCCUCCGUCGCUGUCGUUCCCCUCCUACGUCGUAGUCGUUCCCCUCCUCCGUCGCUGUCGUUCCCCUCCUACGUCACACUGUCGUUCCCCUCCUACGUCAAUCUGUUGUUCCCCUCCUCCGUCUCUGUCAUUCCCCUCCUCCGUCACACUGUCGUUCCCCUCCUACGUCUCUGUCGUUCCCCUCCUACGUCGUAG